AUGAUGCUUCCUGAUUCACCACAGAAUAUUGUUGUUGUACGAGCACCAUCACCAUCUGUUCAUUAUAUACCGGGUAGUAUGAAUGGUGAUAAUAUUAUUAUUCCAACACAAAAUCAUCAACAAACAAUUCAACAACCAAUAAAUUCAUUUAGUCAACCUGUUUCAGAAUCAUGGUGUUUUACAAGUGUUAAAGUGAUUAAAUUUUCAUUUAAUUGGACAAUAAAUAAUUUUUCAUUUUGUCGUGAAGAAAUGGGUGAAGCAUUAAAAUCAUCAUCAUUUUCAGCAAAUGUUAAUGAUAAACUUAAAUGGUGUUUACGUUUAAAUCCUAAAGGUCUUGAUGAAGAAUCAAAAGAUUAUUUAUCACUUUAUCUUUUACUUGUUGCUGCACCAAAUAGUAAAUGUGAAACACGUGCAAAAUUUAAAUUUUCAAUACUUAAUGCUAAAGGUGAUGAAACAAAAGCUAUGGAAUCUCAACGUGCUUAUCGAUUUGUUCAAGGAAAAGAUUGGGGAUUUAAAAAAUUUAUUCGUCGAGAUUUUCUAAUUGAUGAAGCUAAUGGUUUAUUACCAGAUGAUAAAUUAACAUUAUUUUGUGAAGUUAGUGUAGUUGCAGAUAGUAUUAAUAUUAGUGGACAAACACAGAUUAACCCAGUAUGUAUUUGA